UUCAUAAUUGUGAACUUAAAAUACAAUUACCUAUUUUUUUUUUUGUAUUAUUCUAAGACUUAUUAUUUUCAAAUAUCUAUUUGUUGUCCAAUCAAACGGCCGAAAAUGUAUAUAAACCCACCGGAAAUCCAAACUUUCCAAGCUUUCCAAAACCUCGUCCACCGUCCACAACUUCACUUAUUUAUAACUUCGUUGUUUUUCUUCUAAAGCUAAAGCCAUGGAGUUGAAGGUGGAGAAUCCCACGUUGAGAAAAGCUCCCCAUGUCGGUGAAACUUACAGAAGUGACAGAGUGUAUGCAGAAGCCGCCGGAGAAGAUGAAAAAAGUGGCAGCACUGUCCGUAAUGGUGACGGAGAUCAUCAAGUUUGCAGUCGGUCGAGGACGUUUCAGACGGUGAAGAUCGACGGCGUUCCUUUCUCCGGCAAGGUGGAGGAAAGGCUUGAUUGGUUGCGUUCUCAGAUUAUAGGUGGAGAUGCAGAGUUUGAUUCUCCAUUUGGAGAAAGGAGAUUGUGUUAUGCUGAUCAUACAGCUUCUGGUCGUUCUCUUCGUUAUAUUGAAGAUUUCAUCCUCAGAAACGUUCUUCCCUUUUAUGGCAACACGCACACAUGCGACAGCUACGUAGGCCAGCAUACAACAAAGAUGGUGACCGAUGCAACGACGUACAUCAAGAGGUACUUGGGUGGUGGAGAAGAAGAAGCGCUUCUAUUCUGUGGACAAGGCACAACGUCUGCCAUUAAAAGACUGCAAGAGGUGAUGGGCAUUGCGGUGCCAUCCAUUCUGAGGGAGAGGGUAAUAGAGACCCUAAAGGAAGAAGAAAGGUGGGUAGUUUUUGUUGGACCUUAUGAGCAUCACUCCAACCUCCUCUCAUGGCGGCAGAGUUUGGCUGAGGUGGUGGAGAUUGGAAUGGAUGAGAAUGGGCUUUUAGACGUUGAGAUGCUCAGAUCUCAACUUGAGGCAUAUAAGAAAGCUGGAAAUAGGCCAAUUUUGGGAUCUUUCUCAGCUUGUAGUAAUGUCACUGGAAUUUAUUCAGAUACAAGAGCUAUUUCUACACUUCUUCAUCAAUAUGGAGGCCAUGUUUGCUUUGAUUUUGCUGCAAGUGGUCCUUACGUGCAAAUUGAUAUGCGGUCGGGGGAAAUUGAUGGCUAUGAUGCUAUUUUCUUAAGUACACAUAAGUUUCUUGGAGGACCUGGCUCACCUGGAAUCCUUCUGAUGAACAAAAGUCUUUAUAAGUUGAAAUCAUCUCCUCCAUCAACUUGUGGUGGUGGCACUGUGAACUAUGUCAAUGGCUUCAGUGAAAAGGACACACUGUAUUAUGAAGACAUAGAAGAGAGGGAAAAUGGUGGAACACCACAGAUUAUAGGAAUAAUUAGAGCAGCUUUGGCUUUUUGGGUAAAAGAAUACAUCAGCUACCAAGAGAUAGAGAAGCGAGAGCACCAGUAUGUAGAAAGGGCUUUGAAGAAACUUCACCAGAAUAGAAACAUCUGCAUUUUAGGGAGGACGUCUUCUAAGCGACAGGCCAUAUUAUCUUUUAUCAUUUACUCUUCGACGAACUCGUCCCUCAACUGUAUCACAGAUAAAUUAUGUACAACUAACAUCAGAGAAAAGGAUGAAAAGCUUUACAUGUGGGGAGAGAUGGGGUGUAUGAGAGCAAAACCUCUUCAUGGUCCUUUUGUUGCAGCACUCCUGAGCGACCUGUUCGGCAUUCAGGCUCGUGGGGGAUGCAGUUGUGCGGGACCUUAUGGUCACAAACUGCUAAACAUUGAUGAAGCAUGCUCACACGCCUACAGAUCUGCCAUUGCUAAGGGGUAUGCUGGAAUAAAACCUGGAUGGACAAGAGUAAGCUUUCCCUACUACAUGCCAAAUGAGGAGUUUGAGUUCAUUUUAAAAGCUUUGGAAUUCAUAGCUGAUUAUGGACAAAGAUUCCUUCCCUUGUAUGCCUUCAAUUUGAGAACUGGGAGCUGGACUCUGAAGAAAAAAGACCUCGCCGACCUACUCGGAAAGGAGAAUUACAGUAAUGGUCAGAUCUUAACAUUAGAAAACCAGUGUGCCAAUGCAGAGGCUAAGUUAGCAGCAAUAGUAUGCAAACAUAAAUCAUAUUUAGAAUCUGCCAAAAAAAUUGCCAAUCUCCUCCCCAAGUUCCCUCCCGAGAGAAAACUUCACGAGGACAUUGAAUCCUCUGUAUUAUACUUCAGAAUCUAGAAGAAAAUAAAAAUAAAAUAACACUAUUAAACAUAGAAUAGAUCAUAUCUGUACAUAGUAAAAUAAUCUACUGAUUUACUUGUUAUUUGUUACCAAAUCUAUGAUUUCAUGGUUUGUUGCAAUGUAAUUCUCAUUAUACACAUCUAUAAAUACAUGAGAUCGUGACCCAUAUAGGUCACAGUGCCAUUCAACCUAACAAACACAUCUUAGUUGCGUUGUAAUUUUGGUUAGCAUAAACAAUGCACUUUGCCCACUUCUCCAGUUAUCACAAUCCCCUCCUUUCAAGUUAACAGCGUCCUAAUUUAUAGAAUUCUUAAACAAUACGAACAAAGCAUAAAUGAAAGGAAGAAAAUACUUCUCGUUGAUAAAUAUUAAUUAUGAUGUGGUGUGUACAAAACCUUGUGAAAAGAAAUCGAGAAAAACUUUAAUCUAAACCAACUAAAAAUGAUAUGAUCCAAUAAACAAAUGGCACAAUUUACAGGGACUAGUACAAACAAAUACCUCUUCUCAGUAAUAAUUUGCAUAAGCUACUUAACAUCAGCAAUUUUUCACAGCUUAAAAUAAAAUGACUAAAGCAAAUAAAAAAAACCACAAUCUAUAGUGAAGCUUUAGCAGAAUUAUUAACCAACUGCACAAACUUUACAUAAAUCAGACAGGAAAUGUUCAAAAAAUUGAUCAAGGAUGUU